AGGGAUUGGAAAGAACGAAAUGUUGGAACUGGUUGCUCUUGCCUGACCCCCGACCCUACCAUUGGUGCCAGCCUGGUCUGUGACAGGUUGGAACUGCUAAUGACAGCAUUAAACGUCUGAGCUCAGCUGUAAGGGCUGUCCGUUUUCUUUUCCAACGCCUUUGAUCUGAAUACGGACUAGAAUGGAUUAACAAGACCACUGGGGAGAACAGUCAAUUAAAAAAAACAUUAAAACAUAUUUCAAAGAUUUAUUGAGAUUACAUGCCGGACUGCAAUAAACCAACUGCUCACAGUCAUGUCCCUUGAUAAUGCUUGAUGAACUGCAACAAGAGUGAUGGCUGACCAUGUCGGCAGAUUCUGUUAAGGGGAUAAAUCCGUAGCAACAGUCACCUGAAAGCAAAUUGAAAAAUGAUCAGCUUGUGCCUGCAGUCCAUCACCGUGGCAACAGUCGUCUUUCUGUUGCUUACAACAGCAGUAACCUCAGCACAUUUCCGUGUUUGUGAGCCUUACGCAGAUGUCAAAGGGCGCUACCACUUUGGCUUUCAUUGUCCUCGUCUUUCAGACAGCAAAAGCUACAUGUUGUGUUGUCAUCACAACAGCACGACCUUUAAGUACUGCUGCAAUGAGACCGAAUUUCAGGCAGUUAUGCAGCUGAACAUGACGGGACAGGCAGAGGGCUACAUGCACAAUAACUACAGUGCACUGAUUGGAGUAUGGAUUUAUGGAUUUUUUGUCCUAAUCCUGCUUGUACUGGACCUUCUCUACUACUCUGCCAUGAAUUAUGAGAUCUGUCAAUUUUACUUGUCUAAGUGGGGAAUCCGAGGCAGCUGGCUGAAGCAGGAUGAGGGCCAGUGGAACAGUUCUUCUCAGGCCCAGGCCCCGGCCCCGGCCCCGGCCCCGGCCCAGGCCCAGGCCCAGGCCCCGGCCCACCCCCAGUCCCAGUCUCAAGCUCCAGCUUCAUCACCAUUGCGUUUGCAGACGUUGAAGUCGGAUGCUCCCAGUCCAGUCUUGAUGUCUUUUCAAAGUUCAACUGCAUGAUGCAGAAUAGUGCCUGGAUAUUGAGAGAAGACAAGAAGAGGGAACCACUGAAAUACAGCAAGAGGAUCAUCUCAGUGACACAUCUGUAGAGUGAAGUAGCUGAUAGAGGACAUGGUGCUUGAUCUUGAUCCUGACUGUACAGAUAUUCCCAAAAUGGGCUGAACUAGUAGCUCAUGUGAUUGAGUGUCUGGUAAUCGAGUGCAAUAUUGGGAAACGUGUUUACUCAAACUGAAUGUGACGUGUAAGCAAUAGUCUUCAUGUAGAACAAAAACACAGUAAACUGUGUGCACUCCAAAAUAUUCACCAUUACCUUGUCAUUAGUGUUCCUCAAGACUGUGCAGAGUUAUAUUUCUAUACCUUGGGCACACACACCAUCUCUUUACCAAAUUUCUCAUUGCAUGAGAAAUGAACAAUGGAUGAGUAAAAUAUUCUCUUAGGACCCACGUAACUUCUAGUCUGCAUCAGUUUGCCUCUCACUCUCUGAUGUCAAAAAAGUGACUUCAGCCUCGGAACACAUUAUGGAAUAUCUCUGUUUUAAUCAUCUGUAAUUUGUAUGUUUUAAUUUGCAGCUUUACGUUUAGUUCCAUUUUCUCUGAGCUUCACACUGCUUCCACUGAUUGGAACCAUGGCAAUGUUAUAUGACAGGAAGAAUUGUUCCUACUGUCAGCUGACAGGAAGAGGGUUUUGACUGACAUAUUAUACCCUGUUUCUGUUUUGCAGAAUUCCUAGAAUGAGGGCUGAAUUAUAGAAUAUAUUCCUACAUGAUCAUGACUACUUCAUGUUUGAUUGAUUUGCCAUUCGAAUAUAUUGAAUCAAAAAUAAAAAGGGGUCCAAUAAUUGUGGAAAUUAUUACUUAUAUGUUAAGGGGUAGGUACUCAUCUUGGGUGAUGGUGAUGGAAAUGGAUGACAUUGGAUCAGGUGCCCAUUAAUCCUAGAGCUUAAUACUCAAUGAAUUAACACCAACUACUGAAUGUAACAGGCUGUUCCAAUAAUUCCUCUUCUUGCAUCACUGCUUAAGACAAAUUACUACCCCUUAAUUUUUCUAUCUCCCCAAAUCUAAUUUGUCAAAUGUCUCCAGAUACCCAUUGGCCCCAUCUCUCAUCACAGCCCUGAACUCAUGCCUUACCUUAAACUCAACCAGUACCAACUCAAUUUUUACUUCUCAGGUCCCCACAAAUACAUUUAUCCAAAUGCAAUUCUAAUAAAAACCUAAGGCAGGAAUUAACUGAAAACCUUAAGGUCCCUAGUUUAUUACAUUACCACUAUUCCCCCAGAUAAGGUUGGAGAUAGCAAUAUUUAACUUAAAAUGCGUAGAAUUUAUUGUUGGUGGUACAUGUAAUGGGCAUUUCCACGCAGACUGGAAAGUCACAUACUGUACUCAAGGUACCUACUGUUAACACAAAGGCUUCUGUCUGAGUCAGCUGACUUGAAUCAGUGAUUGGACAGCGAAUAAGACAGAGCAAAGUACAAAAAUAAGAUACACCACCUUGACAAGAAAGAAGUAAGGACUAACUGCCACACCCAGUUCGGAUAACAACACAUCAUGUAAAUGAAAUGUUUUGAUGAGAUUGCCCUUCAAAUCCAAACACUGUUAAAGUGAAUGAGACAAUCUGAAUUUAAUCAGUCCAUUGUUUGAUGGUGGAAAGCACAUGGUUCAUACAGAUGAAUAAGUGUUUAUUACACGUAUAGACUGAAACACCAGGUGUGUUGACUGAAGCACAAACCCUGAGAAAUUGGCAGCACCCACAUUCCUUCCUGUUAAUGUGACUUACCAGUGAUCUUCAGUAAUGAUUAUGGAACAUGAUCAGUCGACCACUGAAGAUCUGAAACAAACAGGCAUUGUGUGAAAGAGUGUAACAACCAUUUUGCGGUUUUCAGGUGUGGUAACAUUUUCACUGGUUCAGCAUCAGGGGUCGGCCAUUAGUCGGUCACAAGUAGAGGAAAUUAUUUCGUUGUGGAUCUGACAGAAAAGAUAAUAUUUGCAGGGUGUCCAAGGGCUUUAGUGAUGGAAACAUAGGAAUUGAUCAUCUCACAAAGUGUUUUAAUGUAAAAUAUGUAAUCUGCCUAGAUGGACAGAAAUAGUAGAAAAUGGCAAUGGAGGGAAUGUUUAAAAAAAACCUUGCCCAAAUGAAAAAAGUGGGAAGAAAGAAGCGUGAAGAAAAUAAGGGUGCAAUGUAUAGCAACAUUGUCCAAACAACAAUGUUUCUGCCACUCACAAUAUCUGAAUCAACUGAUUCAGAAUAUCAGACCAUCUGAGUCAAUGACACGCAAUUCAGAACCAACAUUUUCUCUGCUUCAUCCUGGACUAGCAACUCAGGAAAACAGAACGAUGUUGAUUGUUGGGCAUAGAGUUCCCGCCCCAAGCAGUCUCAUUUGGUUAUGUCCUUUAAAAAUGUGAUGCUUUAGUCCUCACCUGAAAUCUGUAUUUUUUGUAUUUUAAUGCAUAGUGAGUGCAUUGACAUUUGAAAGAUGACCAACCAUCAUAGUUGGUAUUUAAUGAAAUCAAAUACAACACAGCAUCAACUUUACUGAUUUAUCAACAAAUAAUUGUCGAUCAUUGUCAUUCACUUAUGUAUUUGCUAUCCCCUGUUAUGAUCAUGAAUCUCGGUAACGCAAUCAUUGUAUUGCUGUUCAAGCGUGGGGUGGUGUGGUGGAAUGCCUUCAGAUGUAAAAUAUUAACCAUGGGAGUGCCAUCCCUGCAUUCUCUAUGGUUACCUUGAAAUUUUAUAUGGAAGGACUGAAAUUAACUUUGCACUGCCUUUAAGCAGGAACAGUUGAGAAAUGAUUCGACAGUGUCUCACAUCUGUCAUGUCAUGCUCAGUGUUUGUGAAGUAGUCUGAUCUUUAAGCAGUACACACCAGAUAUACAAUACCAUGCUGUGGAGAACACUGUGUAGCUUUCGCUAAGUAUUGUGGUCAGUUGACCAUGAAUGUACAGAUACUCAGUAAUGGUACAGUGUUAAGCGUAUGAACUAGGUUCUAUGUCCAAAUAUAUUAUAUUGUAUCUGAUGUAUACAAAUGUCAUGAAGUGUAACAACAUGGGACAUAACAGUGCCAAGACACAAAUGUCUUGAAUUAGAUUAUUUAUUUCGAUGUGUAUGUGUUUGCGUUUGUCAAACUCACAGUUUUAAUGGGAAACAGAAACAUUGUACACUGACAAUCUGUUUUUGCGAUAGACUGUUUAAAUAAACACAAGUUAAGUGAAUAUAUCCAUUAAAGUGACAAGAUAUUGUAAACCUGGAGCACUUUUGUCUCUAUUCCCAUUGCAUUCAUACCUGUCAACUGAACCAUUUUAACCA